UAUAAUACAUAGGAGAAAACUUGGUUCGAAGUUAUCCUAAAUUAAGUAAAAAUGGGAAAGCAUUUCGGUGAAUUAGCUAAAAUCAGAGGAUUGAUUUCAUACAAAUUAUCACCACAUGAACAGCGCGCUUAUGCUGGUGCUAUAUCCAACGGAUUGCCGAACAUUUUCCGCAGAUUUCGUGAAAAUGUGUUUCGAGUUGCUCCACCUUUCAUUAUAGGCUAUCUAGUUUACGAAGGAGUUGACAGGGAACAUCACAGACGCACACGCAAGAACCCUGCUGAUUAUGAAAAUGAUGAAUAAAUUUUAUGCUCAUUU